GGGAUGAAAAAAAAAAUAAAAUAAAUUUAAGUUAGGGCAAGUUUCAGACAACACAAUCUGCUUCGACACUCCGCAGGGCGCAGCCUCCGCUAUCGCCUCAGGUGACAAGGACACUCUUCUUAGGAUCUCGUGAGGUUAUUUGCCUUGAACUUGAAUCAAAUAAUUGCAUAUUGAGGUGUGGAAUUUUGAUGAUGCAAAACACCUGUUGAAGAGCGCUGGAAAAAGCACCUGAUCGCCGGCACCACCAAUAGGACGUACACACAAUUGAAAGGAAAAAGAGGAGAAGCACAGAAAAUGGGAAGCGCAGCGCAGAUACCGACGAGCUUUGGGCACGAAUUGAGGGCAUGCCUUCGCUGCAGGCUCGUCAAGACCUACGAUCAGUUUAGAGAAUCGGGAUGCGAGAACUGCCCCUUCUUUAAGAUGGAUGAAGAUCACGAGCGUGUCGUGGAUUGCACCACUCCAAAUUUUACAGGUAUAAUUUCAGUCAUGGAUCCAAGCAGAAGUUGGGCUGCUCGGUGGCUUCGAAUUGGAAGAUACGUCCCUGGUUGUUACACACUUGCAGUCUCAGAGGCACUCCCAGAGGAUCUGCAGAAUCUUUGUGAAGAUGAGCGAGUUCAGUAUAUUCCGCCUAAGCGUGUAUAGACGUCUAGUUGAAUUUGCACAAGUGACUAUGUAAGGCACAUCCUAUUGUAAGUGGAUUACUCGUCAUGUAACUGAAAGAUUCUAAAAACUGCAGCCUAGUUGUUACUUGCCCCUAACUUAUGUUUGAGUGGUGAUGUAAGAGUUCCAUGUCCUCCGUUUUUCUUUUUAAGCAAACGAGAAAUUGUUGAACGAACCGAGUAUUUGUCAAUCUGUAUCAGGUAUGCUAACUUUCAUGGGGAUCUGUCGAUGUGGUCUUCUUUAUUCCAUUGAUAGAGUCGGAAAUCUCCAUUUGAUUUAAUAAGUGUGCCUCGUGUCAGUCAGAUGAUAGAGUAAGAAACGGAACUUGUGCGCCUACUUAAGGUGCCCUAGUAAACCUUGCAGGGCAGCUUCAAUUUUCCAAGAGGUCAUUUUAUUAAAUUAUCAGCGGGAAAUUAUUUCUUUUCA